AUCCCAUCCCCCGCGGGCGGCCCAGGAGGAUGCCACAUUAUGUUGAGCCCGAUUACGAAGUACUUUGCUCUCCCUCCGAGCCAUAUAUUAUACUCUUGCAUGUAUUAGAUCGUCGUCUUUGCAUAUGUGUCUCGGAUUUCAGCUCCCCCCAUAUAGAACUUCUGCAAAGAUAUCAAGCAAACCUCUGCGAUAUAUAUGAGCAAAUUACUUUCGAUCCUUGGCCUCCGUGCGGCGGGCUCCUUCCAAUCGCUGGAUUUGACGACUACUACUACGAUGAUUCCGAAUUAUGGUCCAGCAUACCUAAUGUUCAACUUCAUCUUUGCUUACGGCAUCCUCUCAUCGCGCACAUUGAAACGAUACUAUAAGAUUGACCACAAUGUCUCCCCACGGGAAGACCUGACAAAGUAUGGCGAAGCAGCCGUGCGGGAUGGCAAACUCACACGACGCCAAUUGGAGAUGCUGAAACGGAACGAAGCGGCACAUGCCAAUGCGGUUGAGAAUUACACCUUUCUAGUCGCAGCAAUUGUGCUCGCUACAGGAACUGGCGUUGAUCAUGUGUUGAUUAAUUUGAUGAGUUUGGUGUAUACACUGGCGAGAGUUGCAUACGGAAUCUUUUACUUGCUCAUUGAUGAUCCUGUAUGGAGUCACCUCCGAGGGAUUAGUUGGUGGGUUGGCAAUAUGACUUGCUUUUCACUCUUGUACCGGAGUUUAGUUGCUUUGAACUCGUGAUUCGUGUCGCAAUCCAUCAAGAAUAUUUUUUGUGUUUGAUUGAGUUCCUGUCUGGUAAGGGUGAUGGUCUCGGCUUGGGGAUCGGACCUCUGUCCUAGCUUUACUUCGCCUACAUAUCACUCUUACAUCAAACAAGCAGAGUGUCAGCAAAGCAGAUAGCAUGCCCCAAGGUUAUUACUGUUCCUUUAUUUGUAAAUUCGGGUAAUUAGCAGGGAUGCUGUGACGACUUGGUGUUUUGCCGCUGGAUGCUCCAGCUGCC